UCGUGAAAAUUGUGAAAAUCGCCUCGAAAUCGUGAGAAUUCUGUGCUGCAAAACGGCGUGAAAUCUGGUGCAAACUGCUAGAUAUUAGGAGACUGACCCCUCCUUGUGGAGCAGCCUCGAGAAAGCGAAUAAUUCAAUGUCCUUUGCUAUUCCCGGGGAGGCUCUGCGCGUUUGUUCUCGUUAAGAAUUCUCGCGCCCAGAAAAGUGAACCAGCGCCAGUUGAAAUAGAAAAGUGAUAAUAAUAAUAGCGAUAAUGAGCAGCCUAGGGAACGGAAGCCACCAGAACAACCCGAACAACAACACCGGAAGCAGCCAGAAUUCGGCCGCCGAAGGAACCGUGAUGGACCGCGGAAGCUGCAUUCUGGUGCGUUACGCAAGCCAGAAUUCACUAGACGAAAGCUCACAGAAGCAGCUGCCGCGCGCGAAUGGAAAGGAAAAGACGACGGGCGCGUACCGCAACAACAUCCACACGCAGCGAUCGUUCGAGGCCAUGAACAUGAUGAGAGAACAAAACCUGCUGUGCGAUGUGGUGCUGGUGGCGGAAGGGAUCGAGAUUCCGGCCCACAAGAUGGUACUUGCCUCGUGCAGCCCGUACUUUUACGCCAUGUUCACGGGUUUCGAGGAGAGCCGCCAGGAUCGGAUCACACUGCAGGGUGUGGACCAUCGGGCGCUCCAGCUACUGAUCGAGUACGUCUACACGGCCGUCGUCGAGGUGACGGAGGAAAACGUUCAGAUCCUGCUGACCGCCGCCAAUCUGCUGCAGCUGACGGACGUACGGGACGCUUGCUGCGAUUACCUGCAGACUCAGCUCGAUCCUAGCAACUGCCUAGGGAUACGUGAUUUCGCCGACAUUCACGGUUGCAUCGAGCUGCUGAACUACGCCGAGACCUACAUUGAACAGCAUUUCUCAGAGGUGUGCCAGUUUGAGGAGUUUCUGAAUCUCACCAGCGAACAGGUGGUCAAUCUGAUCAAGAGUGAUCGUCUCUCGGUUCCGUCAGAGGAAAAGGUUUACGAAUGUGUCAUAACAUGGAUACAGUACGAUGUGCCCGGACGGCAACACAAUUUGGCCGAUUUGAUGGAACACGUUCGGUUGCCGCUACUGGCACAAGACUAUCUUGUACAGCACGUCGAGAAGGAGCAACUGAUGAAGGGUGACCUGCAGUGCAAGGACUAUAUCAUUGAAGCCCUCAAGUACCAUCUGUUGAAGGGCGAGCAGAAGACGUCUUUUAAAACACCGCGCACUAUCCCACGGCAACCGGUGGGCCUUCCAAAGGUGCUGCUCGUAAUCGGUGGCCAAGCACCGAAAGCCAUCCGCUCGGUCGAAUGUUACGAUCUGCGCGAAGAGAAAUGGUAUCAGGUGGCGGAAAUGCCGACGCGUCGUUGCCGUGCAGGAUUGGCAGUACUCGGCGAUAAGGUAUACGCCGUCGGUGGCUUCAAUGGAUCGUUGCGCGUGAAAACGGUCGAUGUGUACGAUCCGGCACUCGACCAAUGGACCACCAGUCACUGUAUGGAAGCGCGGCGCUCUACGCUGGGUGUGGCGGUGCUCAACAAUUGUAUCUACGCGGUCGGUGGAUUCGACGGAUCGACCGGACUCAGCACGGCCGAAAUGUUUGAUCCAAAGCGGCAAGAGUGGCGCCUAAUUGCGGCCAUGUCGACGAGACGCAGCUCGGUCGGUGUUGGCGUGGUCAAGGGUCUACUGUAUGCGGUCGGUGGAUACGAUGGGGCUUCACGGCAGUGUCUGGCUUCGGUUGAGCGGUACGAUCCGGCUACCGACACGUGGACCCCGAUUGCGGAGAUGUCAGCAAGACGCAGCGGAGCUGGUGUUGGUGUGCUGGACAACAUUCUGUACGCUGUCGGUGGCCACGAUGGACCGCUGGUGCGCAAAUCGGUGGAAGCGUACGAUCCGGCAACGAACACCUGGCGACCGGUUGGUGAUAUGGCGUUCUGUCGAAGGAAUGCUGGCGUCGUCGCACAUAACGGGAUGCUGUAUGUGGUGGGUGGUGAUGAUGGCAUCUCGAAUUUGGCCUCGGUGGAGGUGUACAGCCGCGAAACGGACAGCUGGCGUAUUCUGCCUUCGUCGAUGAGCAUCGGACGCAGUUAUGCGGGAGUCGCCAUCAUAGAUAAGCCAUUGUGAAGCGAGCAGCAAGGCGCACGGGCCACCAAUCCGUCGCACCAGCAACCUUUCCUCCGUUCCUACUCAAGAACCUAUGCCAAUUGUUCCAACACCACCACCACCAGUAGCCUGCAUCAGCAACGAUCGCCAGCAGUCAUGGGCGCAGCACUAGCACAAGAUGGAGCAGCAGUUGCCCAGCCAGGCGGACCUGGCGUCGGUUGUUCUGAUGAUGAAAACAGUCAGGCAGAAGGUUUAAAUCCCGAACCAGCUGCAAAUGGUGUGCAACCACCGGCUAAUGCUUCGGCCAACAACGUACAUUACGAGAACAUCUACGAAUCCAUCGAGCAAUAUGCUGGCCUAGGUGCUGUUUGUGGUGGCCAACCUUCCGGCCAACAGCCCAUCCAUCGAUCAGUUGCAACAUCAGGCCAAGCCCCAGCUCCAGCUUUGGCCAAUGGAAUGAUGCAUAAUGGGCACUUCAAUCCAUACCACCAUCCACUGGCAUAUCGGAAUGAGCUUUACGAUCGAACCGCCGGUUACGAUGUGCCUCGUGGACGAGCAGCCGGCCAGUCAGCGAGCUAUUAUCAGAAUCAAGCAUCGCUUCAACCUUCACUGCUCUCGGGAGGACCACCGGGAGGUCCACGCUAUGCAAACCUUCAUCUUGAUCUCAAUCGAUCGCGCUAUCAAGCGCCAACCCAACAGCAACAACGAACACCACGGCAACGCAGUUUCGAUGAUACGGAAUCGUAUCACUAUCACCGUUACCAACCGAACGGUAGCGGAGGAUCGAUGCCGAGGCAAUCCGAUAAUCUGUACGAGCGAGUACGCGAAGAACCGGCAUACCAGAACACGGGCUCACUGGCGGCUAGCAAUCGAACCGGGCUUUACGGGCGAUUCGAUGUGAUCGGUCACGGGGUAGGGCGGAUCGAGCGCCACCUAAGCUCUUCCUGUGGCAACAUUGAUCACUACAGUCUUGGUGGCCAUUAUGCGGUACUUGGCCACAGUCAUCUCGGUACCGUUGGCCACAUCCGACUCAAUCAAUCGAACGGCGUUGGUGGGGCGGCCAACGGCAACGCACCUGCUCAACCCCUCAGCACGAUCACUCCAACCAACACCUCGCAGUCGAAGGACGGCGCGACCUCAUCGUCGACCGUUAAUGUGAAGUCGUUCUUCAGCUGCUUGGGAGGCGAGAAUUCGCAAUCGAUGAACAAUCUCAACAAACCGCCAUCUACAGGGCCACUGGCGGCUGGUGUUGGUAGUGUCGGUGUAGCUGGAGCUGUGGUGGCUCCGGCUGAUGGCGCUACUCCAGCAAACGGACAAGGCAGUUGCAUCGUCGGAGGCCUAGCUAGUGCUGCAGCCGUUGGUAGCUCCGCCACCGGUACCAUUCCGAAGAUUAAUCGUAAAACCAAGCAAUCUCAACAGCACGCAGAACCACCGGCCGGUAUCGGUGGUUUGGUACCUGUCCAAGCGGAAUCUCCGAUUGAACUCGCUAGUGGUGGCCGCGUUACGAAGCCCUCGCUCCAGUGGCUACUCGUCAACAAGUGGCUCCCAAUGUGGGUUGGCCAAACACCACCGGAUUACAAGUUUAUCGACUUCAACUUUAUGUUCUCCCGCAAUUGCGAUGGUUGUGCCACGGCAAGCCAUACACCACCACAACCUCCGCCGCCGCAAGAACUGGUGCGCUAUGGGCAGGCAAUGAUCGAGCAGACCGAUUACAUUCCACCGGCACGCGAGUAUCCAACAAUGACGGGGAGCUAUCCACGGGUACUUCGGAACACUCCACAGCUGGCGCGGCUCAGAGAGCACGAGUACGAGAAUGUGCCCGUGAGUGACGGAUCCGUGGCUUCCGGGCAGCGUUCGGUGGCACCGUUGCGUCCGAUGGGUCCGAGAGCGACAGCAAUACGACCAUUAGCCGGUUCGGUAAGCCGUUUACGGGACAAUGCAACGGGGGCCCGCACCGGAGCAGAUUCAUUCCGUAGCUGGUCGUUCAACUUUGAGGACAACAGUUUCCGUCCGGCACGAUCCAAUGGGUUCGUGCAGCAGCAACAAAGCAUUAACGGUGGUGCUGGUGCAGGUAGUCCGAUCGUACACGGUGUACGACGCAUCACCGAUGGUACGUUCGGUGCACGGGACCGGCAGCCUCUCGAUCUUGGCCCAAAACCUGGUCCAAGUGGGCUACAGCGAGCUACCUUAACAACGCCUAGCACCGCCUCCCCUGAUGAAUCUGGCGAUGCUGCCGCUGCUGCAGCUGCUGCUAGUAGCGAAAGACAUGACUUGCGUCGCCUCUCACUCGGAUCAACCUCCUCAUCCGGUUCCGAAAACUUUGUCAUGGAAUCGCUGGCAGCGGAAGUUGGAGGGCUAGCAGAGGAUAGUAGCAUUUCCGGUGGUGAUGGGGACGCCGGAGAUGGUAUGACGGCUGCAAAUGGCACCACGGUUGGUGCUGGUUCUUCGAAUGAAUCAUCGGAAUCCUUCAACUACGAACCGGCGGAACUGGUGGCUGAUACUGCGGAUCGUUCCAUGUCCGAGGACGAGGUAGAGAUUGCUGUCGGUCCAUGUGCCGCUAUGGCGCAAACGAAUUACGAUGGUGAGGCACAAGGCGAGAACCCAGGGCCCUAAACGUACACACUACUCCCUUUUGUGAUCUGGCCGAAGCGAACGGCUCCGGUAAUGGCAACGAAUGGAUUCCUGUUUUUAAACGCGCGCGACAAACUCUGUUAUCUUCUCCCUUUUUCACGCGUUCUUUCCAAACAACCAAAAAACUGCUCAAUAUUUAUUAGGCAUUCCUUUCCACAUCCCUUUCUUCCCCCUGUUACGAGUUACGGUCAGCGACCGUUCCGUGCAAUCGCAAUAUUCUGUUUAGUGUUAAUUCAAUUGCGCUCCCUCCUUACCGAGGAAUUCCACUUAGCAGUUUUUUAUCGACAGGUAGUAAUUUAUGUUCCUUUUUUACGAUGGAACGCUAAGCACGAAGAGCAACCACCCCUUCGUGCACCACAUUUCCAGUAAGUUAUUGACAAACGUGGAUCGAAAUAGUUGAGUGAGAUGUCAAGGAGCCGGUAUCGGACGUGGAUCCAUUUUAAGAGUAAAAAUAACAACUAACUAUUAUUAAGAUAUAUGUACACACCUGCGCACAGUUACGCUGGAAGCAGCAGCGUCUUAGGCAUUUGCAUUAGCCACUAGCCCUGGCACAGGGAGGUUAGUUAGCUGUUCGUUUCAUAAGCAUAUCGUUCGUUCUUACGUUCUCACCAGAGGUUAGUGUAGCUGUAGCAUCCACCCCUUGUUACGUACUCAAUGUUAGACGGGACAAGAAUAGGUGACGAGAGCGCAACAGUACCCCUGCAGCCGGCACAGAGCACAUGGACAAACGCACAAAGCAGUUCCGUUUCCUUUUGUGUUCAUACACUCGCAGGCACAGCGACAGGCUCAACCGGUACAAACGAUUCGUCGCCAUUUUUAUUCGCAUGUGACUAAGGUUCUCCUUUCGUUAGAAUUGUUGCGUUGCGUUCAGAACAUUACAGCAUUUAGCGUUACUGAGUUAAUGCGCAACGCGCGGCGAUUCCGAGGAUCUGCAUUUGGUAUUCAUUAGUUGGACGUUGAGAUUAAAAUACAA